AUGGGAAGGCUUAUCAAAAACCACUGGGCCCGCUUGAUAAUCCUCACGGCCGCAGCAUAUCAAGUAGGCAGUGCCAUCGAAGGCUUCAUCUGGCCGAAAGUGUUCUGGGAUUUCAUGACGAAGAACCUCAACGGAGCAGUAAAACCGAUACCAGUGUUACAAAUCCUCAACCUGCUUAUGGGACUGCUUGGUCUCGCAUGGGAAUGGCCACUGAAAUACUUUGCCGGGACGUUACCACAUCGCAGUAUCGAAUUCCGUCUGAUCCUAUAUCCUCUGAGCGCUCUACUUUCUAUGCUCCUAUACCAGGGAACUGAUCCCGCCAUAUAUUACCUUGUCGGAAUAGGUGUAUACUUCUGGGCUUAUUCCGAAGGCGAGCGCUUGAAUUACGACCUAAUGACCGGAAUGUCGCCUCCAGCUUCCACCACCCUCAUCAACGAGGAUUUCCGCGUCGAAACAGCCCUUCCCACAGAUGAUGCUGAAGACGUCCCCGUUAACAAGAAGACCAGCUUCAACGGCAGAUUAAACCAAUACUUCCACACGUCCAAGAAUAUUCCUUCAAGACAAGACACAUUAUGCAAAAGGACGUCUGAAUCAGAGUCCAACGACCAAUCAUCCAGCAACGACAAUGACUCGAACUCCAAACGAAGAAAGAAAGCCGUCUCAACCGCCGUCUUCAACCUCCCCAAACGGAUAACCCGUUCUCGCUCCGCAUCAUCAUCAUCGCCGGCUUCCCUCGCCUCACCGUCCCCGUCGCCCGCCACGGAGCCAAGUACACCAGGUCGUUCUCGCGCUCGCCGUCAGCCCUCUUCUCGUAAGAGUACACCAGCGUCUUCCCCCGUCUCGCUCCUCCGCGAUACCAUCCCAUCGAAUCUCACCCUUCUCCUGGUAGGCGUCAACCCGGGUAUCAUGACCGGUGCCACGGGGUACAUCUACGCCCACCCCUCGAACCUAUAUUGGAAGCUCCUCCAUUGGUCUGGGAUAACGACGAUUCGCCACCCUCCCUCUGAUACCUACCGGCUGCCGGAAUUAUAUAAUAUCGGAAACACCAAUAUUGUAGAGCGUCCGACCCGCGACGCCAGCAUGCUCAGCAAGGCGGAGAUGGAUGCUGGCGUGCCCGUACUAGAAGAGAAAGUAGCCAAUCAACGGCCAGAAGCCGUUUGUCUUGUUGGAAAGAGUAUCUGGGAGGCCGUAUGGCGAGUACGUAAGGGUCGAGCGAUCCGGAAGGAAGAAUUCCGCUACGGAUGGCAAGACGGGUCGGAGAACAUGGGUCGGAGUGAGGGGUGGAACGGGGCGCCGGUGUUUGUGGCUACCACUACUAGUGGACUGGCAGCCGGGAUGAGCAUGGCUGAGAAACAGGCCGUAUGGAACGAAUUGGGGAAAUGGGUGAAUAGUCGACGAGAAGCCAAGAAGAAUACCCAUCCAAUGUAA